AUGUGUAGCUGGUUCAUACUAACAGAUAAAUGCAGGAGUGCCAAUCGUCCGAACCAGGGGAUUAGAGGUCCUCGGUCCGCCCUGACUGACUUCCUGUCCUCUCAGAACAUCCAGGCCCACCAAAUUCGAGCUAAUGCCAAUGCACGCCGCGCUGCAGCAGCCCUCGCCGCCGCCGCCAAUGUCCAAAACAAUGCGGACGGAGACGACGAUGCUGAUGACGACGAGAAUGAGGAAGACAAUGAAGCUGGCGGCUCGACUUCUACAACUGCAUCAAGAGCCCGCGCCCGAGAGCAGAAGAAACAGAAGCAGGAGGCAGCGAUCGCAAAGAUCAAGGAGAGCAAGCUUUACAUCAAAAAGAAGCAGCAGAAGCUUGCGCGCGAGAAGAAGCACAAGCGCAAGCGCGGUGGCGAUAGUCCAGACUUGCCAGAGUCUGACUCGGACGACCUUGCCCGUGCGCUCCUUGACGAGAAGCCGGGCCCUGUGCCUGGCCAGAUGGCUAACUGUGAGAUCUGCGACAAAAGAUUCACCGUCACUCCGUACUCACGCGCCGGCCCCAAUGGAGGAAUGCUCUGCUCGCCCUGCGGCAAAAAGCUUGCAAAGGACCAGAACGACGCCAAGAAGAACAAGAAGCCGAAGUUAGCAGCUCAGGGUGGUGGCGGGCGUCGCAAGAUGCAGAGUCGCAUUCUCGAUGGUACCUACCAUGUUGGCGCAAAGCCUCUGAUGAAUCUGUGCAUCGAGACUCUAGCCAAGAACAUCCAGCUAGCUGAUGGUCUUGGCGAUCUCCCGCCCCGAGUUGUCGAUCUCAUUGCGAGAAAGCUCUCAAAGCACCGUCUGCUUGGACCAGACACUUUGCGGCUGUUCCUGGACCCGCGCAAUGAUGCAGUCAGCCUCUAUGAUGCCGCGCGCCUCAGCUCGCAAGACUACGUCACCAUCUUUCAGCAGGUCACGCAGCUGAAGAAGCUCAAGCUGCGCAAUGCAAUUCAGUUCAAGGACGAGGUCAUGCAGUAUCUCAUCACCAGGAACCUCAAUCUGGACAGCAUCUAUCUACAUGGCGCCAAUCUUGUGAGCGAGGCUUGUUGGAUCGAGUACUUGAAGGCGAAGGGGGAGCACUUGAAAGCUCUCCAGAUCUACUACAUGGACAAACAUGUCAACGAUGCUGUAGUUUCGACUCUGAAAGUCUCCUGCCCUUCUCUUACCCGGCUCAAGCUCUGUCACAACCAAGAAGUCUCCGACGAUGGCAUCAAGCUCAUUGCGAACCUAGUCAAGCUGGAACAUCUCAGCCUGCAACUCAUCAAGAAAACCAAGACCGACCCUUACGUUGCUGUUGUACAGAGCCUGGGCAAGCAACUGCAGACCCUGUCACUCAAGAACAUCGCGGAUGUCGAUAAUCGCUUGCUUGAUGCAAUUCAUGAGAAUUGCACUUCUUUGAAGAAGCUGCGCGUCACUGAUAGUGAGCACAUGACGGAUGCUGGAUUUGCGAGAAUGUUCAAGGGCUGGAAGAACCGCGCCCUUGUGUUCCUUGAUUUGCAGAAGUGCCGUCAUGUUGAUCCGGCCAAGCCCAGAGAAAACGAGCACAUGGUUGGUCUGUGUUCCGAGGGAUUCCGUGCUAUCAUGACCCACUCGGGCACAAACUUGCGGUAUCUCAAUAUCCACGCUUGUCGCCACAUCUCAGCUGCGGCUUUCGAGGAGGUCUUUGCGGAGGACAAAGUGUACCCUCAGCUGUCAAAGCUGGAGAUCAGCUUUUGCGAGGAAGUAACCGAUUUCAUCGUCGGAUCCAUCUUCCGGUGCUGUCCAGCUCUGAAAGAGCUGAAUGUCAAGCACGUCAAGGUCCCGAAAGGCCGCAUUCUCGUCGGCGUCCCCAAUGCUAUAGGAAUGCAAAUCGAGGGAGUUGAUGACUGA